AUGGGUAUCCUCGGACGUGGUCUCCGCAUUGCACCCCCAGAGGCGCCUUCCACCGGCUACAUGUUCGGCAAGGGUGUCUACUUUGCAGACUGUGCAUCCAAGUCUGCCAACUAUACCUACAGUUCACGUGAUCGAGACAUCGGUAUUAUGGCCCUGUGUGAA